UGUGUAGUUUGCCCGUGGGAGCCUCCAGUGGUAGAGAUAGUGCACCUCUCCCCCUGAUUACUGUUCAGCCAUCCUACAGGCCUUCUGAUGCAAAUGCCAGUCGAUUUGUGCUGCUGAAUAAUACAAGGCCUGAUUCAUCCUGGUCCUCACAUACACAUGUACACUCUUAGGACCAACACUGCUGACAGAUGACACAGGAUUUUUACCCCUCCUUUCGUCCUCUCAGGAGGAUCAGGACUAGUGUCUCACUUCAUUUCUCCAGCCAAACUGACAAACUUUGGAUUUUGUGUUGAGUUAACUUCUCAGUCUGGUUACAUUGAUAGAUACAUGUGUGUCGGUCUGUUAGGAGUAUCAGAGGUGAAUUUGUUAUAUAUUGUAUACACUUCGUAAGAAUCAUGUCUGUUCCAUUCUAAUUGUGCCCUCUUAAGAGAACACAACAUCUUUCGUCAAUAUCUAAGCUACACCUGUGCUGAGCGGAUUUUAUUUUCAUUUUACCUGUGUAUACAUUGGAUAUAAAACAUGUGGACCCUCAAUCUUUUAAUAUAUUUGGAUUAAAAUCAGGAAGUUUCACAAUAGAUUGAUACCAAUGUUACCACAUUCUGGGAAAGUGAACAUGCCUCCUGUUGCAUGUUUGAGGAAGUGAAUAGUGUCGUUUGGUGAAGACUCAUUGAGUUCGCUGUCACCGCAGCAACGAUGCAUACCCCCCCAGGUAAAAAGGGAAAACACUCCGCAGACAAAGCCAGUACCCUUGGCAAGAAGAAAAAGAAGGGUCAUAUCGAGGAAAUUAAGGACUCUGACAAGCUACAGGAGGAGGUGAACAAAGUUUACCGUUCACUGAAGUAUAUCCGGGCCGUAGUGGACAAUGAAAAGCUACAGGUUAUCCCAAGCACAGCGACUAUUGUCCUGGAAACAGUCAUGGACGUCUUCACUCUCCUCAACAACUUCUUUCUCACAAAGGACAGUUCCACCAUGCUGUCCCGACACAACAAAGUCUGCCAAUGUUUGGCUCGCUUCAUACAAUGGGCUGAUGACAUCUUGCUUAAUGGCAAGAAGGUGCUCAACAAGGAGGCAGCACAUGAAGUCAUCACAGCUUUGUCAGAUGGUGUAGAGGAGCUGAAGCAGAUCAGUCUAGACAAAUUACAUGACAAGAAGAUGAACCCUGCUAUGCGAGUUGCUGACCAGAUGUAUGGUUCACUGGCAGACAGCAACAAGAGGUCAUCACUUCCUGAGAUACCUCUUACACCAAGAGAGAAGGAGAUCUUAGAACACACUAGUGAGAUGGGGAUUUACGACAACACACCCUUCACAACUUCACGCUCCAGCGACAGCAUCAGUAGCAAUCAUCGUGACCUGAUGAUGAGGAAAGAAGUAUCUCCACCCCCUAAACCCCCACUUCCCAAAGAUCAGGCUGUGAUACAUAGAUUGGUCCAACAGCGGUCACAAGAGAGUCUGCCCCCUGGUGGUGAUUGUGACUUCUCUCCUCCUCCGUUACCAAAUAAGGAAAACAGACGAUCUCUUACAAACACAUUGGAAAUCCUAUCCGGCAUGCCAAACUCACUGGGCCAUGUGAGCCCAAAUCAAUCCCCACACACUAGUAUGAUCUACACAAAUACGUCCCCAGAACUCUCGUCCAGUCUGGGGCAUCUAGCCCUUAGCAACCAGUCAGAUCAGAGCAUAUCCCCACUAAGUCGGUCGCCAGGGAGCAGUCUAGGGUCCGGCCUUAACCGGUCAUCAGAGGACUUGCUUGACUCAACGAGCCAGCAUAGCAGUCGUACAAACAGCUUUUCCCGAACUUCUUCUGAAGCUAGGAUAGGCAGUUCUUUUAGUUCUAGUAAUAUGAGCAAAAGCUCAUCGCAGUCAGAUGGAACAGUAGAUCAGAUUAACCAACUAACAAAAGAGAUCAAUCGACUGACAUCCGACAUUGCAAUUAUGACCAAGAAAAAAGGAAACCAGGGUGAUAGCAAUGAAGGCCAGGAACCUCCAACACUGCCCAAGAAACUGAAUCGUCUGCCUUCCCAGUAUGAUAACAUGAAUGAGAGUGGCAUCCCACAUGUAACGACGGGCUCUGCUGGCAGUAGCCGAGUCGUUUCCUACGAGGCAAGGAUGUCAUCAUCUUCAACAAGUAGUUCCCAGUCAUUUGCAGGGUUCCAGAUGCAGAAGUCCAACACAAUAUCUUUCACACAACGUACCAGUUCCCAGGAGACGUACUCCAGCUCAGAGACCUUCUCUAGUGCCAGUCACUCUAGUCUCGAGAGUCUGCCGAAACCGCCACCACUACCACCAAAGAAACGACACAUACAAGCCUACAUGCAGACUUUUGGGAAUUACACCCAACCUAGUGCAAUAACCGAAUGUGUGUACUCGCGUCACUCCAUCAACUUCUAUGAGUCACAGUGGCAGAACCACCAGAUGGACCUGCAGCCUCAGAUCUACCCACGCUCAAAUACGAUUAGUGUUAUCUCCGACCUGAGCUCUGACUCCUCCUUCAGUGGAAGUGCCCCUAACAGUCCAAUGAUCCCUCCCCUACCCACAAAACUCAGGGACAACAUGAAUCGUGACAGUCAGCUGUCAAACACUUCCAGCCAGUCAGAUUUCUCUGUGCCAGAGUUUGCUCUUGAACUAUCGCGUGAAAAAGCUGCUAGUCUGAUAGAGGGUCCAACCCAAGGAGCUACUUCAGAUGUAGAGCCGAAGCGCUCUUCAGCUCCUCCAGGACAGAUACCAGCCAAGGACAUUCUGGCUCUGGCUUCUGCUGCUGACCUCCCAACCAUUACCACAACAAAACCUGAGAUCCAGCGCGACGCAGACUCUGACUUCGCCGAGCUUAACCCACUCGACGAUGUUGAUGUGUCUGAUCAACUUAUCAAGAAGAAAGAAAGUGAGGAUGGUCCAGAAAUCCGCGGUGGAUCUGUUGACGCCCUUGUUGUCCACGCUUCAGCUGCUGGCAAAUCAGGGUCGGACACUGAUUUGGCUUCAUGUAAUCAGGAAGAAUUCAUGUACCAGGAAGCUUUCCUGACAACAUACCGGACGUUCAUCUUUCCCCGUGAUCUCAUCGACAAAGUCUUGUAUAGAUUCAACAAGUUUCAGCGAGCUGGAGACAACAAAAAGAAACGACUAGCACGCAAUGGGUUUUCACUCCUUGUCCGAAUCAUAGAUGAACUUAGCCAUCCUGAGCUAGAGGACUCGAUCAUACAGAAGAUGAUGGAACUAGUGUUUGAGCUCCUGUGCCAGGGAAACCUUAUGCUGGCCCGCAUCCUCAGGAAGAAGAUCAUUGAGAAGUGUGAGGCGAAGAAAGCUCACAGUGAGGUCACUCAGACAAUGAACAUCACCUCCUCCAUAUCGCUGGCCUCCAGCCCGUCUGAUCUCUUACACCUCAAGUCACAUGAUAUUGCAGAGCAGAUGACAUUAAUGGAUGCAGAGUUGUUCCAGAAAAUCGAGAUUCCGGAAGUUCUUCUGUGGGCUAGAGAACAGUCAGAGGAGUUAAGUCCAAACCUGACUGAAUUCACAGAACAUUUCAACAAGGUCUCCUACUGGUGCAGAACACAAAUUCUUAUCCAGGAGGAAGCCAAAGAGCGAGAAAAAUACCUAAUCAAAUUCAUCAAAAUCAUGCGGCACCUGCGGAAGCUGAGUAAUUUCAACUCCUACCUGGCUAUCCUGUCAGCAGUGGAUUCAGCUCCCAUACGACGCCUGGAGUGGCAGAGACAGAACCUGGAGGCCCUGAAGGAGUUCUGCCAGCUCAUUGACAGUUCUGCAUCAUUCCGUGCCUAUCGACAGGCCCUAAGUGAGACUGAACCCCCCUGUAUACCCUACAUUGGUCUGAUCCUGCAGGACCUCACGUUUAUAAACAUUGGUAACCAGGACUUUUUGCCCGACAAAAAUGUUAACUUUGCCAAACGUUGGCAGCAGUUCAACAUCCUUGACAGCAUGAGGAGGUUCAAGAAAUGUAACUAUGAAUGUAAGAGGAACGAGAAAAUCAUGUCCAUGUUCAAUAACUUUGAGGAUUAUCUCAGUGAAGAAAGUCUGUGGCAGAUAUCAGAAAAAAUCAAACCCAGAAGUGUAAGGAAAAAACCUGAACCAUCAGAACCUUGAUAUGAAAUAUCCUAGGACUUGACCUUUCAACUCUAGCUGGAAGUGUAAAAUAUAGGAUGUGACCUUUCAACCUCUAGCUGGAAGUGUGAAAUAUCGUAGGAUGUGACCUUUCAACCUCUAGCUAGAAGUGUGAAAUAAUGAAAUGUUUGGAGGUGUUAUUUUGUGUUUUGUAAAAGUAUUUGUUAUUUAUAUCGGUUAAAAGCAGAAGGAGUAUUGAAAGGUUGAAAUAUAUACGAGACUUUGUUUAUUGCAAGCCAAGGGAGGUAACCCUGAUGGACCAUUAGGACAGUAUCUAGAUAGAUAAAUGUGGUAGUUUUGUUUAGUAUUGGUCGGUGCUAUGCUAUUAGACAAGGUUUACAUGUCUAUAUCGUGGGGCUUUCAGUCACUGAAAGACACAAUGCUUUAGGGGAUAUUAUCAAUCAAAGAAGUACAGGCACAUGUUAGCUUUUCUUACAGGCACACAGGUCCUUGUCAGCUUCACUUACAGGCACACAGGGCAUGGUCAGUCCUAGGCAUGCAUAGGACUUGACCAGAUGUACAUGGUUUUGUCAUUUGUGUGUAACAUAGGAUUUUGUUCGCCGUAAUGUUACACAGGGUUUGUCACCUGUGUGUUACAUGGGGUUUUGUCAUCCAUGUAUUACAGGUUGUGACAGCCUUAACGUUACACAAUGUUUUGUCAGCCUUAAUGUGACACGGGAUUUUGUCAGCCGUAAUAUUACACAAAAUUUGUGUCAGCCUUAAUGUAAUACAGGGUUUUGUCAGCCUUAGUAUUACAAAGGAUUUUAUCAACCGUAAUAUGACACAAAAAAAAUUGUCAGCCUUAGAAUUUCAAAGGGUUUUAUCAGCCUUUUUAUUACAAAGGGUUUUUUCAGCCAUAGUAUUACAAAGGGUUUUAUCAGCCAAGGUGUGACACAGGAUUUUGUCAGCCUUAGUAUAACACAGGGUUUUGUCAGCUGUAAUAUUACACAAAAUGUUUGUCAGCCUUAGUAUUUCAAAGGGUUUUGUCAGCCUUAGUAUUACAAAGGGUUUUGUCAGCCUUAGUAUUACAAAGGGUUUUGUCAGCCUUAGUGUGACACAGGAUUUUGUCAGCCUUAGUGUGUGACACAGCGUUUUGUCAGUCUUAGUGUGACACAGGGUUUUGUCAGCCUUAGUGUGACAUAGGAUUUUGUCAGCCUUAGUGUGACACAGGAUUUUGUCAGUCUUAGUGUGACACAGGGUUUUUUCAGCCUUAGUGUGACACAGGGUUUUUUCAGCCUUAGUAUUACACAGGGUUUUUUCAGCCUUUAAUAUGAACACAUUUAAUUGGCUAAGUUUUCUGGCGUAACAAAGAUGCAGUAAUAGCUUGUAAGCAACUGCAGUUCAAUAUUUAGAUAUAUUCCUAUUUGAAAUCAUUGCUAUAAAAGAGCACAAUUAUAUAUUUUGGGGUAUUAAGUGUUUUCAAAAUAUGAAUCAUUGGAGCUUUGUUUCUCAUGACCUCAAAUGUGCUGUACUUAAAAUAGGAUAGAGUGUUGGAGUUCCUCAUUUCUUUUGUGCAGUUCCUGUCAAAGUGAAAAGGGUUAAAAUCUUUUGAAUGAUGAAACAAGCUUGACCUUUAACGGAAUAUUAAUGACUUUUAUUGAUAUUAUUUAGAAGUCUAGCUUUACUGUAUAGGGCCUUUCAUAUGCAAGUUGAAUAUAGACAUUUAUCACAGGGUACUUCUAUAGUAUAUGCAAAUCAUUCACAUGUAUACUAGUCCAUUCAUACUGUGACCACAAGGGCAUGGCUUUACGCUGUAAUGGUGACAUCAAAAAGUCAAACAAAAUCAUUCAUACUAAAACUAUAUAAAAGUAUUCCAAUCCAGUAUUGAUAUCUAUUCUACUUUCUUUUCAUCUUUAUGCUUACUUUUACAUCCAUCUUACUUUCUGUUUACAUAUAUUUACAAAGAACUUUGAAUUUCUUUUAUUAUCAUUGAAUUGUAAACAAUAUAGAAAUGUGAUUUUUACUGUUCAAUACAAAUGCUAACUGUAGUUAUGAUGACUUUGUUGUUGUGAUGAACACAUAAAGCCUGGACAAUGAAGCUUGCUCUGGUGGGAAAUUAUGGCAACGUACUUACUAGUUUGAUAGAUAUAAUCAGUUAUCAGUAAUGUUGCAGACUCUGAACCUACCCCCAGUGAACUUCAUUGAGCAAGACCUAUUUAAAAUGUGUUAAUUUACAAUUUGUUUAUCACAAACCUUGAUUCUGAACAUGACCUGGUAUGCCUGGCUUUAUUUUGUUGGCAGAAAAAAAAAUGUAACUUUGUGUAAAAAUUUCUGAAGAGAGGCUAUCAUUUAUUUCAUUUAGAUGUAGAAUAUGGAGAAGUGAAUGGAACAGGAAGUGGUAUGUGUGUAUGGGUGUUGGUGUGUGAAUGUUAAUUGGACUGUGUGUAAGUGUGUAGCAUACAAAAUCAUGUUUGUGAUGUUGCCCCUGUAAAUAAUGGAUGUAAAAACAAGACUGAUGUGUGUAUGAUGGGAGUGCUACAUGUUUAAUUUAUUGAAAUGUCAUGUAGUAGAUGUAUGCACAUAGUGUGUUUUACUUGUGACUGUACACAUAUAGAUUGUAGUAUACUACAGACUCUGGAUCUCCAACUAUCUGUAUACCAUGUCAACACUGUACACAUAGAUUGUAGUAUACUACAGACUCUGGUUCUCCAACUAUCUGUAUACCAUGUCAACACU